AUGAGUUGCGAGGGGGGAGCCUGCUCAAUCGGCUCAGAGGUCUUGGCGCCGCACAAGAGUCGCGCAAAAAUACCAAGCACUCACAUCACACAGCAAGAGUGCCUGGAGCGGUGCGUGUCACUCUUUACGUGUUACGCCCUGCCGUCCGUUCAGAGUGUCACUGACCCCGGGAGAAAGGAGGAGUCAGCGGGUAGGGGUUUUCUGCCAUCACUCAUGCCCGUGCGCGUGGCGCAGGACACUGCAGUUCGGCAAGGCUCUGCCAGAGGCGUGGAGCCGCGACUGCAACUUCUUCGGAUGCUCGGCGGCGGUGUAUCUGGCGUGGUCUUCCUUGCCACAGGGAUACUACCACAACAACAACAACCGGUACGGAGACAGCCGCUGUCACCAAAGGACAGCAGUGAAAGCAAUGUUGGUGGCUUGUCGCCUCGUCCUUCGUUUUACCUCUUUUCGGUUGGCAGCACCCUACCGCACGUGCGGCAACAAUGCCAUGUCGCAGUAAAAUUUAUUGACUUGGAAGGACGCAAUGGGACACGGCGUAAUUGUGCACUCCGUGAGGUGAAAUGCCUUCUCUCAUGUAACUUUUUCUCUAUACUGCGUUGCUAUCGUAACCGUGUGCGAUGCUUGCAACCUGGAGACCCGCCCCAUCCACUGAGAAACCCCAUCAUCGCAGUGACGUUGGAAUUGGAGUAUGCAAAUAAUGGGGAUCUGCGUGAAGAAAUCAAAACUCGACUGAAAAAAAACGGCAAACACUUCUCGGAACGCGAUGCACUCGUGAUUUUUUUACAGGUGCUCAUGGCGGUUUACUACCUCCACAAGAAGGGGAUUCUCCACCGUGACAUCAAAUCAUCAAAUGUGCUGCUCUGUAGCAAUGGGUUGGUUAAACUAGGUGACUUUGGGAUGAGCAAACUCAUAUCAGGAGGUGCGGGUAGAGAAAUGAAAGGAUCAUUCGUGGGCACGCCAUACUACCUUACCCCAGAGAUAUGGCUGCGUAAGCCGUACAAUAUGAAGGCGGACAUGUUUUCCCUAGGUGUUUUGCUGCAUGAACUGCUAACGCUGAAACGCCCCUUCGGAGGCGAGAGCAUUCAAGAGAUCAAGCGUAAUAUUUUGGAGGAGACACCAGUGAUACCGUCGCACGUUCAUCCUGACGUCGCCAGCAUAGUAUUGAGCUUGCUUGAGAAAGAUCCUGCUCGGCGUCCUUCAGCUGAAGAAGUCCUAUCCUUACCGCUGAUGAGAAUGAUAUUUGGCACCUUCUUCCAGUGCGUACUUCUUGAGAGCCGAAAAGACUCAUCCACAGCACGAGGGAAACGAUCAAGCUCUCCUGACAAUGAUAUGCUCCAAAAUAGUUUCGUGCGGGUGCGAGAAACCUCCGAUUCGAGCUGGCGUCUUUCACCAACUGAGCGGCAGCAAGUUUUGCUCAAUAUGGAUCAGACGCGUAGUGAUCUCUUUAAUCAAGUUCUAGGUUCUUCAGUUGGAGUGGAGUGCAGUGCGGCCAAUCUGUCGAAGCUUGACACAUUGACACCUACACCUAAGGGGAUUAUUCUGGAGGGUAUGCUCUACAAGGAAAAUAAAGGCAUAUGGAAGAAUCGCUACUUGUGCUUGCAGUGGUCUCCAAUCUCAAGGGAUAAUGACACUGAAGGAGAGAAUACAAGUUUGUGGGAAAUUGAGCUGGUCCUGUCGUUGAGAAGUGAUUCAACACAGCGUGUUCGAAAGUACAUGAGCAACUACAUUGACUGUUUCGCCGUGCCUGAGCAAUACGCCGCGGAGAGGGCGCCUUUUGUAUUUACUCUGCUAAGCAAAAUGGGCAACAAGGUUACUUUCCAAGCUGCCCAUGAAGAAGAGCGCCAGGGGUGGAUUAAUGUUUGCCUCCGUGCGAUUGAAUACCAGCGACGUGGAGAAGGGUACCAGGGUAUUGACUACAAUAUGAACUCUGUUCGUAAUGAGGAUUCUGGCACGAGCUUUAGUACUGUGCAAACAUGUUCAACCGUGGGCGGGCAGAGCAUGAAUGCGAGGGAGACAGCUGGUUUUCUGUCGGUUCCGUCCUCCACCAUGCAGCGCACUGAGCAGUCAAUCUCUGGGGCCGCCGAAUCGCCCUCACAGUUCGGUGUAAAAGUACAGAAGACAUGA